AUGGAAGAUACGUUGGUGCCUGAUGGAGGCGGCAGUGCCGCUCCUGGGCCCUCCAGUCACGGCUCCCCCCUCCUAGCUUGGCCUGGGCCAGAACGGGUGCGAUGCCAGUGCAGUGGCGGUUUCACGAUGGCCCCCAAGCGGCGCGGAAAGACGCAAGCCCAGCCCGCCGGGAGGGCGCCCGCCAGCGCCGCCGAGGGUGCCGCAGGGCCCAGGCCGGAGGCGGUCUCGCCGGCGCCUCUGCAGGAGGAGUACGCGCGCCUCUGCCAGGCCCUGGAGGGCUUGAGAGGGCGGCGGGCGCGGCUGCGGGCGCAGCACGAUUUCCUGCAGCAGGAGGCGCAGAGCCUCCGCGCCGACAGCAUGGAGUUCGUGGGCUACCUGGCCAAGCGGGCCCAGCGGCGCCAGGGGGCCGCCGUGUCGCUGAGCGAGGAGAGCCGGGCGGCGCUGGCCGAGGUCCAGCAGCAGCACCGCCAGCUCGUGGCCCGCGCGCAGGAGCAGGAGGCGGCCCUCCGCGGGCAGGUGCUCCAGAAGGAAGCCGAGCUGGCCCGCCUCGGUGCCGAGCUGGACGGGCUGCGCGGGGUGCAGGCGCUGCAGCGCCAGCAGGCCGGCCGCCUUCGGGAGCUGCAGCAGGAGCUGGCGGCCAUGCGGGCGCAGAAGGUGCAGCGCCUGCAGGCCGCCAAGGCCCGCCUCGGGCAGGAGACGGCGGCUCGCGAGCGAGGGGCGCGGCACGAGGCCGCCUGCUGGGCCCAGCAGGCGCAGCAGGCGGCUGAGCGCUGCCUGCAGGAGCAUGGCCGGGCCGCCGGGCGGCAGAACCACGCGCUGGGCCAGGAGCUGGAUCAGCUGGUCCGGCGGGCGCGGGCGCUGCAGGCUCACAAGCAGCAGCUGCAGGAACGGGUGCAGCGGCUGCGCCAGGAGCAGGCAUGCCUGCGGGACUUGGCCAUGUUGCGCCACGCGGCGGCAGGCCCGACAGGAGGGAGCCUGGCUGGCCCCUCCAGGCGGUCGCCCCUUCACAAGACUGCCCAGGGAGGCCUAGCGUGCGCGGCUGCUGCAGGCGCUGCUUCCCAGCAGAGCAGAGAAGCACCCGAACCCCGCCAGAAGGAGCCGCUGAGGAGCGCUGGCCUCGGCCCAGGCACCGGCCACCCUGUCCGCGGGAGAAGACUCGGUCAGCUGGGCGGAGGGCGCCCGAGGGCAUGGCAGUGCGUCCAGCGAGCCGCUGGUGAUUGA